GAGUAGGUGUUCUGUGUCCGCGGGCCGUCCGCGAUCCGGGACUUGGUAAAUCGAUGAAGCUGACUGUUGUAGGUGUUCUGUGACUUCGCUUCGGAUGCAGCAAUUCUAGUACACUGUAAUUUUGGAUACUUUGGACAAGCAGCUUCCGCCUAAGUGGAAAUUAUCCUGCUUGUAAGCACAGCGAUAGUUCACGACGAGAAACGCCCCCCCCUUGAUCGUAUCGUGUAUGCACAAUCGUUCCACUCCGAAGAUGGUUCUGGCGUUUUUCAUUGCAUCGGUGUCUGAAAAAACGUCGGGGAUUAUUUACUCGGCAUUCUACGGUUGGAGCGAGAGGCCACCGUUCAGCGAGGUCCAGUGUGUCACUGCCAGUGGCGACACCGACGACUUAAAUUCGGCUCGAGGGCCCAGCGAAAUGAAUGAGGAGCAAAAGACCAGAUCUGAUCUGCUGAAACGUGUUUAUCAGAGCGCGGUAGAAGACAUGAAAAACACGCCGCCCGAGGUUUCCAGCUCGUCCAGCGAUGUCACGAUGCACUUGACAGAACGCAAAGGACAGUUUUUCUUCAGCGACGUCGACGGGGGCGACAGCAUUGUGGUGUGGCAUUCGUUUGGCGACUGCUGUUUUGUGGCCAUAUGUGACGAAAGCGAAAACGUCGGUCUUGCGGCUUACGGGCUUAAGUUGAUUAUUCAAAGCGUGUCGGCGCACAUCAUUUUUUUGACGCCAGCGGAACUAAAUGCCAAAAUUGGACUGUUACGCGGCAUUGUGGAGCUGUACAUGCCGAGCGGACGGCUGUUAUUCGUAAACCAGAGCACCGUGAAGCAGUACGAACAAAUGUUACACAAACUAGUGUCUUGAAUACAUGUCUCGCAAUCAGUACUUGUCAUUGUAAACACAGUAUGCCCCUAGCUUUUUUAAAUGAUGCUAACCGCGUUGCUUACCAAAGCACUGACACCAUGCAAUGCACAUGCGUAAGGUAACUGAAGAAAUAUAGACCACAACAAACUUCGCUUGGGCACGUGCAGUGUGUCUGAAAAAAAAAAUAUGUAGAAGAAUACACCUUCGGGAGUUCGGGCUUGUACAAUUUAGAAGUGUUUUACAAGGUUUGAUUCUGAAUGAAGUCUACCCGAGAAAAAGCUUAGCUCUGCAAUAUUUGACUGCAAACUUGUUUUUCUGAUUGUUACAUGGCCCUAGAGAGAGAUCCACUGGGAGCAGGCUACAAGCAGUCUGAAGCACAUAAUUUUUGUCCAGAUUCUAGCCUCAUAGUUGUGCAUCUGUACAAAAUGCAUACCCUUGUUGCAUAUAACUCAGUCCUAAAUAUGUCUCUUCUAGUAGAACUUUUGAUUAAGGGAUUUACUUCAGCAGUAUAAACACUUCAAAAGAAGCCAACUGUUCACUGGUCUAGCGCAAAAUUCUAAAUAGCUGCCCCUAUACAUAUUGCUUUGAAGUCAAACACUCGUGCGUUAAUUUUGUGUGUGUUUUUCUACUUAUCUCCCUCCUUAAUUUUCUGUCUCCCUUUCCCCAGGGCAGGGUAUCCAACCAGAUACUUGUUUUCCUGUUAAAAUCCCUGCCUUUCUGCGUUACAUCUCUCUCUCUGAAGUUUAUUUCUGUCUUUUUUAUAGUACAUGUAUUCGCACAUUUAGGGAACUAACAAAACUGUUGAAAGGUUCCCAACAGCAUUACAACAUCAAGAACACUAAAUGACAAUAGCACAGCGAGACAAUUCAGAUUUUAUAAAAUACAGAAAACAAAUAUUAACACAGAAUGAUCACUGUUACUGAAUAAUAAAAGUAUAAAUGACAUAAUUUAUAGUAAUUAAAACUAAAUACAUUCAUUAUAUAAUAUUUACUGUGGGCCCAUGUGCUCAGAUUUGGGUGCACGUUAAGGAACCCAAGGUGGUCAAAAUUUCCGGAGUCCUCCACUCGGCGUCUCUCAUAAUCAUAUGGUGGUUUUGGCACGUUAAACCCCACAUAUCAAUCAAUUAUAUAAUACUUGUACAUGCAAAUCUGAACGAAAUUCAACAUGACUACAAAUUACUAUGGCAGCAUGAAUUGAUAUGGAGUGAAUGCUUUAGUAGUACUAGGAAAAAGUGAAGAGACAUGAUUGUCCUUACAUUGGUAGUAAGACUAUUCCAAAUUGUAGUUACUCUGAAUUCCAAAGUUUGACACUUGUAGUUGCCAUUUAUUUGAGGUAGUAAAAGUCGGUAGCAUGAAAAAUGCUAACGUGAGGUGGUAGACAAGUGGACAUCACCAAUAAGUUGAGAUUACUGUGAAAUAUUCUAAUGUUCUAGAAUCAAUACUGUAACUAGAUUUUGGGCACUUGAUAUAUUAAAAUUUGGAAAUAAAUUGUCACCUCUAAUAUUCACAUGAUUAGCUAUUAUUGUAUAAAGAGCUAUUUUUUGGAUAUUUAGUAUGGAUUUAGACUGAGAUUUGCAUGUGUAACACCAUUUAGCAAUGUAGUCACUUAUAUAUGAAUGAAUGCAUAAUAAUUUUAAUUAGUAUUUCUAUUGAAAAGAAGUGUCGGACAUUUACAAAAAAUGUGUGAUCUGCAUGAGGCUUUCAGAACAAUGUUACAUGCAUAUAAAUGAAGUUUUAGGUGAGAACCUAUGACUA